CGUGGUGCUUCCAGAGAGAAGAACUUGUGCAGUCAGUUUUGAAGCUCUGAGCAAGUGGUCAAACUAUUUGUCUGUAUUGGUGGAGGCUGAAGACAUGAGUCCAUGGACAGGGACUACUGAGGAACCUUCAUCAAGAACAAGGAGGUCCACACGCUCACUAGCGAUGAUGGUUUGCCCUCUAACAUGACCUCUGAGGAUGGCUCCACCCUCAACGCUAUAGGCCACGCCCUCAUCCAGAUGCAGCAAGGUGGACAGACCACCCCCUCAUCUCAGUUCCUCAUCACUAGGAGCACCUCAUCUGGUUCAGAGUCUGGCCAAAAUGGUGAGUAAUGGAGGCCAAAUUUAUUUAUCAGUGUGCUUUUUGGCCAAAUCCAAAAGUUAUAGGCCUCGAUAAGUUAUCCAAGUGCUUGUACAUACUAAUUACAUGUAUAACCAUGAGUAUUAUUGCUAAUGUUUGAUAUAAAAUAAUUAUAAAAUGAGGUUUCUUGGAAGUGGUGUUGAAAAAUACCGUAUAGCGCGAAAUUUUCGAGGCACUUAUAUUUCGUGGAUUGGCCUCUAAAAGCCAUUUCGUUGCACAAUGUUCGCGGAAUGACUGCUUACCGGAAGCCACGCCUUUAGAUCUUGCACGUUAUAGCAGGUAAAGAACGAUUUUCGUGGACUUAAUUUUCGUGUAGGAUUGCUAACCCACGAAAUCCACGAAAAUUAAGCCCCUCGAAAAUUUCGCGCUAUACGGUAGUCAGUUUUUACUAUGUUGUUGUGUGUGUUGAGGUCCUCUGUAUGUGAUGAUCCCACCAUCCAGUAGUUCUGAGAUACUGCAUGCAAUGGGUCGACCUAUAGCACCCAAGAUGAGCGGGAUAUCAACUAUGGAUUAUCACACGGCCGACCCCAUCGUUCAAAUGCAGUUGUCUGGGGAUAUGGCGGCCAACAGGGAAGCUCAGAGGAAGGCUACACACAACGAAGUUGACCGUUGUUGGCGUCGGGACAGGAUCAACGAGCUCAUCAAGAUACUGGCUCAGAUAGUGCCUGCUUGUCAGAAGAAAGACGCAACUAUACUGGUUCCAUUGUCGGGUAUGUGUACAGCAAGGGAACAGUACUGGACAAGACAGUGGACUACUUGAAAAAGCUCGUAUUUCAAUCCUCUCAACAAUAGUGUAUAGUAUAUAUUAUAAUAUAAUAAUAAUAGUAUAUCCUCCAUUGCGAGCACGACCACUUCUCCGUCAACUCCUGUACCGAAAUCCUCCAUGCUGUCACAAGCCAACAACAAUGGCGGGGGUGGUGGUGGUGGUGGUGGUGGUCUCUCUGCCGCGGCUGCUGCUAGUCUGCUCAACACUCUGAUUCUGGCUCAGAAUGUGCUCACAAGCAACUCAAGUGCUGGUAGCCCCGGGCAAGAUUCAAUGUCUAUGGAAACGGUGGACCAAUCCUCUCAACAGUAGUGUACAGUAUAUUAUAAUUGUGGACUGUUUAUACUGUUCUAGUUUUAACGUGUGUUUUUUAGUAAUAUCUCCUUCACUUACUAUAGCUACAUUGUCAGUAUUAUUAUUAUUAUGUAUACAUAGUUUUUAUACAUGAUAUUUGUGUGGAGCUCUUUGAGAAAAAUAUUGUAGCAAAGCCCAUUUAUAUGUAACCACGCCCAUUAUAAUUAUGUGCAGCCUAGCCUCCAUCUCAAGCGGCACUUCCUCCAAAGUUGGCCUGGUAAUCGACUGCUUGUUCAUGAGCUAACCAUUAGCUGGCAUUGAGAAGAACCUUCAUCAAGAACAAUUAAGAACACUGACUCAGGACGAGGAGGACUUUGACAAGUUCCUGGAGAGUGUCAAAGCUCAGCAGCUCUCACUCUCCACAAAAGUUCCCGAGCCCCACCCCUCACUGUCUGACUCGGAAGAGGAGAUAGACUUUGGAUUUUGGGAGAAGGCGUCCACCCUACCCUCGGACAAGACCCCAACCAAGGACCUGAACUUGUUAUGAGACUGUUAAAUAUUAUUUUGUCUGUUUUUGUACUAUUUUCUGGCAAUGUAAUUAUGUAUGUACCACUUCAUGUCAUCAUAAUAACUUUAUAUGCGAUAAAAUUCUGUUGCAAC